AUUCGUUCAUUUUUUACAGUAGUUAUAGAGCCAAUGGCUGGACCAUUUGCUGAGUUUCUGGAAUUCUUACUUCCUCUUUGGAGUGUGUUCGGCUGUUUUCAGUCGUGUGGAUGGUGACCGAGACUUGUUUCGCAAUGGUAGGAGACCUAAUAGAGAUUUUAGUGCUGCCAUUGUGGUUUAUCUUGUCUCUUGUAUGGAAUAUUGCAAUAUCGGUUAUAUGUCCCAUGGCAUAUUCUGGAUACUGUUUGAGUUCCUUUAUGCUCCAAUUCGACUCGUCCUAGGAUUCUGUAGCCUCGUGGCGUACUCAUGCACACUUGUGUAUGAAAUGGUUGGAGAUUUAUUGCUGUUCGCUGGCAGCCUAGUUAGUUUUACCAGGGAUGUCGAAUCAACAGUGAGCUCGUAUGAGGUUUCAAUCUGGCGCUCUCUGUGGAACGACCUUUUCUCUCAGAUUUUCCGUGCUCUCCGAAGUAUCCUCAACGGUCUUGUGGCUUUCUUCAUGGCAUGCAAUAGACACCGGCUGAGCACGUAUAAUCAUAUGAAGGAGUUAUACCACAGAUCGUCUCAUAAACCCAGGAGAGCGAGUGCUCAAAAAGUCGAUCAAGAUACGCAUACUUCUGCAACACGUUUAUCUCCAAGAGUUGGGAAGAGUCCCAUCACCAGUUCAUGCCCCGGAAUGGUUAGAUGAUGUUGACCCGUACCAUAUACAGCAACAUUCAAUGUGUAAUAUACUAAUA